CCUCGCUGAUGAACUAGAGGAAUUGUAUGUUGUAUGGUUUGACUAAAAUCUGUAACUGUUUUGCUGCAUGUAACUUGUAAAUUGGUUGCCAAAAGUGAACAUAACUGAUGCUCAGUUAACAACUUGGAAUAUCCAAAGCUGAUAUAACAGAAACUGUUGUAUAAGCUCUUAUUCCAAGCCACAACCGCCAGAAUGUGGUCAGCGGACAACACCAGUAGGACAAGCGCAGGACAUAAUUCCAACUUCUUUCCCGAAAGCACUGCGCCGCUUUACUUCUGGAUCUUCAGUGGAAUCAACGGUCUGGUCACCUUAGUCUGUAACAGUCUCGUGAUUUUUAUCAUCCUCAAGCGAGGACGACUCUUCAGAAACCAUAGCAACUGGCUUCUGUUGUCCCUAGCGACGGCUGAUUUGUCGGUCGGUACCAUAAUGAUACCAUGGAUUUUUGUCUGUUUCUUUGAUUCCACGUUGCCGUGCCACGCUGAGUGGAAUAUCAGUAACAUCAUCUUUGACAUGCUGUUGCAUAUAUCAGUCAGUAAUCUAUGCAUCGUUACUAUGGAUAGAUAUCUAUGGGUUGUGUUCCCCAUGCGAUACCAAGAUUUCAUGACAUGCAAAUCAAUCAUCAUCCUCAUCAUCUCAUCCUGGUUGAUUCCCGCAUCUUUCCAAACGAUACACGCUCUUCUAGAAUUCAAACUCUCUCAGGACCAGAAUGUCAACGCAGAAAAAGUAAUAUCGGCUAUUAAGGUCACCGUCUUCGAAAUUGCACCUUGCAUGUUGAUGUUGUUCGUCUAUGGACAUAUAUUCAGAAUAUGUUGGAGACAUUCCAGGAACAUUAGCAAGAUAAAUAAAAGUCUCUACGGAAAAUCCAAGAAGGAAAUGACUGCUCGAUAUAAUUUGACAUCGACCGUCAAAGUCUUUUGUGCCGUGAUUCCUGUCUUUAUAUUAUGCUGGGUCCUAGCAGCCUAUCGAGAAAUUUGUAAUGUUUACGCCUCGUGUUUAGUGCCUUCUCAUCUUGUCCACAUUUCGAGGCUACUUCUCAAGGGACAUUCGAUGAUUGACCCGAUAGUGUACGCGUUACAGAAAAGGGACAUCAGAAAAGAAAUGUCGAAGUUGUUGACAGAUGGCAAUAUGGAUGAGAUAGCAGGAAUUAACGAAAGUAAUACACGGGAUGGCUGUGUCACGUCAAAGAUGACGAAAGUGAAACUAAUCAAGAGAAAAUGAUAGAAAGGGACUGUCGAGCAUGCUAAGAGAAAAAACCCAGAAGUAACGCAAUUGAUACACAUGAUGGUUGUGUGACGCCAAAGCUGACGAAAGAAAGACGAAUCGACCUUUUGCAAAAUAUCGAUAUCUAUGCAAAAUAUUCCCGGAAGUAACGCAGUAGUUGCGUGACACCAAGACUGAGGAAAAUGAAUAGGCGUUUUGCAAUAUAUUGACACGUGAUUCUUACUGGAUAACCAAAAAAAAAUGGACUUCCUUUAUUUAAAGAUUUGUUGCUGUAUUAAUUACUAAUGUGGUAUCAAAAACCUUUUCAAGAAUACUUUUUCCUCUUAUAAGAUACUUUGGAUUUCAUGGUACGAAGCAGUUUAAAGUUUGUUUGCCAUCCAGCAGAGCCCUCCCCAGGGGACCUUGAGCUGAAUUGAUUCGUUAUCCACGUUGAUAUAGGAACGAGUUUGUGAUAUAUCAGCACGUGACUGUUUAUUGCAAAAGGCCUAUUUAUG